AUGGGAUGGCGCCGCUUUGCCGAUGGUGCCCCACUGACGUUUGUCACUGCGCAGCAGAUGGGCAUCGCUCUGGGCGUCCUGAGGGCCCACAGGCUAGAGGAUGAUGUGAAGAAGGGCUGUGUCGACCUGGAUCAGCUGGAGCGCGAGUGUGCGAAGCGGCCGGAGCUGCUGCGGGCGCGCCGCCUGGCCUUUCACCCAAGCCUGCUGCAUGCGGCCACCCAGGCCGCCAACGAGGACGCGCUGCGCUGCCUCCUGCGCUGUGCCCAGGACGCCGCGCGCGCCGCCGCCAUCCACGGCGGGGGCGGUGCGCUGCCCAGCAGCACCCACGCCGCUGUCAACGCCCGCAAUGCGCGCGGCCAGACGCCGCUUAUGCUGGCAGCCAUCCAUCCUGCGGGCGCAACGUGCGUGCGGCUGCUGCUGGGAGCCGGCGCAGACCCCUGGGCAGCGGACUCGUGCGGCGGCCGCACGGCGCUGUUCUACGCCGCCUGCGCUGACGCGGCCGACAGCGCCGCCGCGCUGCUGGACGCCACCCAGGAGGCGCUUUUGCCGCGACCCGUGUUCCCAAACGGCCCCGCGACCCGCUACGUCGACGUGCGCAUGCUGGCGGGCUUCACGGCGCUGCACGUCGCGGUGGUCGCCGACGCGCGCGGCGCGCUGCGCGAGCUGCUGCGCGGGGCGCCGCGGCUGGGGGUGCCGACGCUUUUUGGGUCGUACGACUUUAUCGUCUGCACGCGUGGCACCUGCCCUAUGCACCUGGCUGCGCGGAUGGGGCGCACCGAGGCCGCCAAGAUGCUGCUGCUGGCUCACGCCGGCUCCCCAGCUGCGUCCCGUGCCCUGGACCCCCGCGCCCUCCUGGACGACUUUGGCCGCCUGCCCUGCCACCUGGCGGCCAUCAACUCACACCAUGACCUCGCACACCUGCUGCAGCCGGGCCUGCCGCUCUCAAGCGCACUGGGCGGCGAUGCCGGCCUGUACUUCGACGGAGCACCGUCCCUCAAGCUGCUGGCCGCGGCAGCGCUGCGCGUGCGGCAGCAAGAGACGCUUGCGGCUGCGCAGGCCACGCUCGGCCUCGGCGGCGGCGGCAACGGCGGCUCUGAGUGCAACAUAGCAGCGGCAGUGGCAUGCUGUAAGGCGGCAGCGGCGGCUGCGACGAUGGCCGACAGUCACCGCGUGCAUGCGGCGUGCUCGAUGGACUCGGCCUCACCGGUUGUGGGCACCGGUGCGCCUCUGCGUGGCAAGGACGUCGGCUUUGUCAUGGGCACCACUGCCGCAUACAUCCGCGCAACUGCAGCACUGGGCGCCGGGGAGGCUGUGUUGGGGCCUGCCCCUAGCGAGGACGCCCUCACAGGCGGGUCGUGCUGCUCUGAAUCAGGCGACAGCGAGGACGAGUGCUGCGGCGUCUGCCUGGACGCACUGCCUGUUGUGCGCCUGCAGCCCUGCGGUCACAUCAUGUGCUCUGCCUGCUGCGCCGGGCUGUUUGGCAUGCAGCACGCCGAGGUCGUGGCCUGCCCCUUCUGCCGCAGCGUGGUCGGGUGCUUCGGCCCUGCGUGCUGCUGA